CGGAGGGGCGGGGCCGGCUCGCAGCUGCCACCCCGCGGGCCGCCCCGGGCCGGGCAGACGGCAGCCGCCCGCCGCCGGGCACGCACCGCGCGCUCUCCCCGAACAAUGCUCCGCGGCGCCCGGCCGGGCGGCUGGCGGCUCGGCGACCGACGGCGAGGCCGGGGCAGCGCGGCCGCGAGGAAGCCGCUCUGUGACCCACGUCUGCCUCCCGCACGACCGCGCCGGAGCGCCCGGUGCAGGAUGAGCCAGCCGCGCCGCGCCCGCCCACGAUGCACCAGACCGUCCGACUGAGCCCCGACCGCCCGAAGAUGUCCGCGUGCAGCGACUUCGUGGAGCACAUCUGGAAGCCCGGGUCCUGCAAGAACUGCUUCUGCCUGCGGGGCGACCACCAGCUGUCGCCCCCCUGCCCCCAGCCGCGAGCGGGCGGCCUGCCCCCUCCUCCCCGCCUGCCCCCCAGGCCGGAGCACGGCCGCCCGGAAGAUGAGGGAGUGAGCAGCUCGCCCUACUCCAAGCCCACCAUCGCCGUGAAGCCCACCAUGCUGAGCUCCGAUGCCGCGGACCUGUGGACGGAGGCGGCGAGCCUGAGCCCCGACGCCUCGCAGGUCUGGAGACGGGCCGCGGGCAAGCUGCCCCUCCCGAAGCAGGACGACAUGCCGAUGGUCUGCCUGGGCAGCUUCCGAGGCGUCCCGAAGCCCGCCGCCCCCGACGGCCACCCCCGCUGCCCGCCCGUGUACGCCAUGGUGGGCCUGCACGGCCCCGCAGACAAGGCCCGGCGAGAGGAAAAGCCCACGUUCCCCCGCCCCGAGCUGCCCGCCGCCCCGGAGAGCUGCCCCCAGAAGCCCACCGCCUGUGGCCCCAGGAUGACACCCGGCUGCCCCAAGGACCCCGGGGCCCACCCCGCUCCACAGCCUCCCGGGCCCUCCGAGGAGGACAGCGAUCAGAGGCGCUUGCCCUCCGGGGACAGCGAAGGCGGGGAGUAUUGCUCCAUCCUGGACUGCUGCCCCAGGGGCCCCUCCGCCAAGGACGCCGCCCAGGCCGAGGGGCCCCGGCACAGGCCCGGCGGAGGGGCCCGCUCCCCCGCGUGCUGGGAGCAGGGAGGAUGCGUGGGGCCGGCGGAGGCUGUGAAGCAGGCUCUGAGCUUCCCCAGGGAGUGCUGUGGCCAGGGCCCCGCGGAGAUCCUGCCCCACCGGGGCCCCAGGAAGCCGUCCCCUCCCUCGGAGGCGGCGGCCAGCUCCUCAGACGGCCUGUCCUGCGGCAGCGCCAGCAGCGGCGCCAGCAGCCCCUGCGCCCCCCAUCUGGAAAGUGAUUACUGCUCCCUGGUGAAGGAGCCCGUGCCCGGGAGGCAGCAGGACACAGGCUGCCCCGUGGUGACCUCCAGCAGGUGCCUGGGGCCCACCGGGGAGCCCAAGCCCCCCACCCACCCCAGAGAGGCCACGCAGCCAGAACCCAUCUAUGCCGAGAGCACCAAGAGGAAGAAGGCUCUCCCGGUGCCCUCCAGGCCGCAGGGCAAGGCGGAGCAGCCAGCAGCUGGCCACGGCCAAGGCCACGGCCAGGGCAGGACGGUGAGCACCUGGACUCAGAAAACAGCAUCCAGCUGGAGCCGGGACAGGGAAGGCCCCGAUGUGGUGGCCCCCAAGGUGGCGGCCACCAUCACCAUCAUGGCGGCCUACCCCAAGGAGGACCACCGGACCAUCUACCUGAGCAGCCCGGACUCGGCGGUGGGCGUGCAGUGGCUGGGCCAGCCCGCGAGCCAGGACCCUGGGGCCGGGGGCCCGGAGACCUCAGCCGGGCAGGGGAAGGGCCACCCUCACGAUGCCAGCCAGCAUGUCCCCAAGGGGAGGCCUGCCAUCCCGCCCAAGCUGUCCAGGGGCAGCCCCGGAGGGUCCCCGGUGUCCCCGUCCCCCUCCCCACUGUCCGACCUCAGCGAAGGGAGCUCGGGGGGCAGCACCGGGCCUCUGCCUUCAUCAUCCCGGUGCCCGGCCGACCCCGCUGCUUCCUGCCGGGCCAACGGCAUCGCCAACCACGACUCUGGCAGGUGUCUCCCACCUGCCACCACCACCGCCUUCACGUCGGACCAGAGGCGGCCCCGGCACCAGACUGGGGGGGCCUGGAGCCACCAGUGCCGGAUCGAGGAGGAGGAGGAGGGGGAGCAGAGCCUGCUGAGUCACAGCUGGGGAGGAGAGACGCUGGCGAAGGGCAUCGGGGACCCCUCCAGCUCCUCCACCUGGCACCACCUCUGCCCCUCGGACGGCGCCACCUCGGGGCCGAACGACAAAGUGGGCACCGGGAUGAGCAAAUCGGCCUCCUUCGCCUUCGAGUUCCCCAAGGACCGGAAUGGGGUAGAGGCCUUCUCGCCGCCUCCGCCACCUCCCAAGUCCAGGCACCUUUUGAAAAUGAACAAGAGCAGCUCUGACUUGGAGAAAGUGAGCCAGGGCUCUGCGGAGAGCCUCAGCCCGUCCUUCAGGAGCGUCCACGUCAGCUUCACCACGGGCUCCACGGACAGCCUGGCCUCCGACUCCAGGACCGGCAGUGAUGGAGGCCCGUCAUCUGAGCCGCCUCACUCGCCCAGCAGCAGCGGGAAGAAGCUCUUUGCUCCUGUCCCGUUCCCUUCGGGCUCCACGGAGGACGUGUCCCGCAGCAGCCCCCUGCAGCCGCCGCCCCUGCCCCAGAAGAAGCUAGUGAGCCGGGCCGCCUCCUCGCCCGACGGCUUCUUCUGGACCCAGGGCUCCCCCAAGCCGAGAUCGGGCAGCCCCAAGCUGAACCUCAGCCACUCGGAGAUCAACGUCCGCGCGCACGAGGAGUCCCCCCUCGGCUUCUCCAGCCACGGCAGCCGCCACCAUCACGCCUUCUCCUCGGAGCCUCUGGAGAGAGCGUUCAAGGGCAACGGCCACUGGGUCCCGGCCCCGGGGCUGGCGGGCGGCCGAAGCGGCAGCGGGAGCCCCAACCUGCAGGGCCGGGGGGUGCCCUCGGCCUCCUCCUCCCAGCUGAGCGUGGCCAGCCAGGCCUCCACCGGCAGCAACCAGCUGCAGCUGCACAGCCUGCUGAGCAGCAUCAGCAGCAGGGAGGGCACCCACGCCAAGCUGGUGGGGCUCUACGCCCAGUCCCUGGUCCGCCUCGUGGCCAAGUGCGAGGACCUGUUCAUGGGCCGCCAGAAGAAGGAGAUGCACUUCAACGAGAACAACUGGUCGCUCUUCAAGCUGACCUGCAACAAGCCCUGCUGCGACUCGGGAGACGCCAUCUACUACUGCGCCACCUGCUCCAAGGACCCCGGCAGCACCUACGCCGUGAAGAUCUGCAAAAGCCCCGAGCCCAAAGGGGCCUCCUACUGCAGCCCGGCGGUGCCCGUGCACUUCAACAUCCAGCAGGACUGCGGCCACUUCGUGGCCUCGGUGCCCUCCAGCAUGCUCGCCCCGCCGGACGUGCCCAAGGACGCGCCCAAGGACCCCGCGCCCGCCCCGCCCGCUCAGCCCCCCGCCCAGGAGCAGGACUGCGUGGUGGUCAUCACCCGCGAGGUGCCCCACCAGACCGCCUCGGACUUCGUGCGGGACUCGGCCGGCACCCACCGGGCCGAGCCCGAGGCCUACGAACGCCGCGUGUGCUUCCUGCUGCUGCAGCUCUGCAACGGGCUGGAGCACCUCAAGGAGCACAGGGUCAUCCACCGGGACCUCUGCCUGGAGAACCUGCUGCUGGUGCACUGCACCCCCCAGGCCUCCCCCGGCUCACCUGCCUCCUCCUCCUCCUCCGCCACCACUGCCACCAGCACCCCUCCCUCCACCACAGGCACUGCCCCUGCUGCUAGUCCCACCCCCGGCCCUUCCACCACCCUCCCCGCCAGCGUCACCCCCAGCCCCCCACCGCCCCCCACCUGCCCGGGGGCGCCCAGGGAGGAGCACCUGCCCCGGCUCAUCAUCAGCAACUUCCUGAAGGCCAAGCAGAAGCCCGGCAGCACCGCCAACCUGCAGCAGAAGAAGAGCCAGGCCCGGCUGGCCCCCGAGAUCGUGUCCGCCUCCCAGUACAGCAAGUUCGACGAGUUCCAGACGGGCAUCCUCAUCUACGAGCUGCUGCACCAGCCCAACCCGUUCGAGGUGCGGGCCCAGCUGUGGGAGCAGGACUACCGGCGGGAGGACCUGCCGCCGCUGCCCGCCCUGUCCCUCUACUCGCCCGGCCUGCAGCGGCUCGCCCACCUGCUGCUGGAGGCCGACCCCAUCAAGCGCAUCCGCAUCGGGGAGGCCAAGCGGGUGCUGCAGUGCCUGCUGUGGGGGCCGCGGCGGGAGCUGGUGGAGCAGGGGGGCGCAGGCGCCUCGGAGGAGGCACUGAGCAGCACACUGCACAACUGGAUCGACAUGAAGCGCGCCCUGAUGAUGAUGAAGUUCGCGGAGAAGGCCGUGGACCGCAGGCGCGGGGUGGAGCUGGAGGACUGGCUCUGCUGCCAGUACCUGGCGGCCGCCGAGCCCGGUGCCCUCCUGCAGUCGCUCAGGCUCCUGCAGCUGCUGUGAGCGCGGCCCCCGCCUGCACUUUGGCUGUCUACCCGCUUCGCAUCCGGCCCCUGCCCGUGGUCUGACCCCGCCGCGCCCUGCCUGCCUCAGAAAGCUUUGUGUCUCCCUGGGGAAAUGGUACAGUGACUGUCCUACGCGGAUGUAAUGUGUAUAUAACGUGUGUCCAUGGAAAAGGCUGAUGAGGGUGUCCUUGCCGCCCAGGGCCCCCUCUGCUCCCGGGUGCUCCUGGUCUCUCCGCGGUGAUGCACGCUCCGGCUCAGUCCAGGUCCUGGGGACCCGGCUGCCAGCAGAAUGAAGCCUGGAUCUCGUCACCUUCCUGUCUAAUUGUUAUUUAAACAAAACAAAAAAAGUCAUUAAAAAUUUUUUGAUUGAGUCACGAG